AUGUCAAAAACAGUGGCAACACGAACCAAGAAACUUUUUGUAGAAUUACCACAUUGGAAAGUAGUAUCAAGACCAGUGGAUCAACGAUCGGAAGUAACUGUCUAUGUAAAAGGAUUUCUAGCUGAAGGAGAUACACCAGAAAACUUUGACGAUUGGUUACACUCUCAUAAAUUAUUGGUACUUAGUCCAAAGCAUCGUUGGGGUUCAGCAGCAUUAGGAUAUUCAUGGCCUUCAGGUUCUUCACUUCAUCAUAUUCCUGUUCCAUUGGCAAGUGUUGGAUCAGCAGCAUAUUUGAUUGGACGAAACUUUCAAGAACUUAAACAUCUGCGGAUGCCAUCACCAUUAUCAAUGAUUGGGGCAGUAGCCAUCGACGUGGGACUUCAUUUGGGACGACUUGCAUAUCAAUUCAAUGUGGCGACAAAAGAAAGUCAAGAAAGGGCAGAAAUGUUAGCUUGGCGAUUAUUGGAACUUCGAAGGAAACAUGAUUAUUUACGUGUAGUGGGUCAUUCUCUUGGUUGUCGACAUAUUGUAGAGGCCUGUGGAUUAAUGCAACAGAAUGAAAGACCCAAUUCUAUUCAUCUUUGUGCACCAGCAUUAGUCAAAGAGGAUAUUUUACCAUGGAUUGAAAAUGGUACAGGUGGAUUAGGCAAAGAACAAACAUUGAUUUAUUAUUCUCACAAGGAUAUCACGUUGGGGAUUUUAUUAAGGAUUUUACUUGGUGGAACUCAAGCUGUUGGUGAAAUUGGAUUAUUGGAUUCAAGUCUGGACCCUACGGUAACAUUAAUCGAUGCUAGUAAAUCUCUUGGUGGAUAUUAUAUAGGUGCUCAUACUGAUUAUGCGAACAAAUUCCAUUAUUUUUGUUACCCCGGUGUUCCCCUUUCUCCUACAGUUUUAGAAAGUUAGUUUUAUAUAUAUAUAGAUUAGAUGAAAUGAAUCAGGCCACAUCACUAUUUGACACUCAGCCUAUAGUCGUCCAUGCAAAAUAAAAAAAAAAAGGGUUCUUGAUUUAGGUCCAUGAACUUUAUUUCAUACACGCUUUGUAGACUUUCUAUACACACACACAAAAUAAAGAUAUUAAUUUUAAUACCAG